CAGUCCCGCACUCGUUCCUGCACCAACCCAACUCAAGCUGGCAAUGGCCUUCCAUGCAGCGGACUGACCAGUGAGACUCAACAGUGUAAUACGGACUCUUGUCCAUUGAGUCAAGCUGAGGAGGAUUAUGGUGUUGUUGUGACAAUCUCUGGAGUGACAGUAGCUCAGCUCACAACAUCUGUCCAGGACUCUAUUCUCUUGAAGGUGGUUGAAGCAUUGAAUUCAUACUGUAUUAUUGAAGGGAAUUUUGCCACAUGCUGUCCUAAUAGUGGAACUAGGCAGAACACCUCAGCAACCAACCUGGCCUACACUAACACAAGCUAUGUCCAGAUGGGAGCCGGGUUCCCCAGGGUGAACUCAGCUGAUAAUACCAAGGUGGACCUCCUGAUUGUGGCCAAGGCUCCACUGGACAAUGACGUCUGUGCUCUGGGAAGUGGUUCUCAGUUAGGCAGGAAGAAGAGAGGAGUGACAGUAAAUAGUGGUGUGGAGUUUGCCUUUCCCCAAGCCACUCUCACUGCCCUGGUGCAGCAAUCUUCCACACAGAGCAGCAUUGUCACUGCCAUUGUUACAUAUUAUCCUACUGCUACUGUUGCUGUUUCACAAGUCCAGACUGCUGCUGCUGCAUACCCGUCUGUUGUGACUGUUGUUGUUACAAUGGCUACUAAUAAUUUGACUACUACCAUGAAUUCCUCCAUCACAACAGAGGGUACUACACCGGUCAAUACAGGCACUGAGGCCUGGGUUAUAGCAGUGUCAGUGGUUGGGGCCAUACUGGUGGUCCUAGUGGUCAUCAUAGUGGUCUUGGUCAUUCUGAAAAAACCGCAGAAGGUUUCCAAUUCCAGUGGUGAGCUGGGGGCUGAGACAUAAAUCAGAGAAAAUGGUGUAAAUACAUGGAUUUCAGAUAUUAUUUACAGAAAAUUAUGAUAUACAAUAUUCAGGUUUGGAAGUUUAUGAAUAUUUUUUAUAUACUGAAGAUGAUGAGGAUAUGAUAAAUUUGUGGUUUAAACAAAUGCAUUCCUUUUUUAAAUAAAGAUUGAUUCUAAAUGCUAUUGAAUAUACGAUAAUGAGCAGCCAUAAACUGUGAUGUUUUUUUCUUUUUUUGCAUAAUCUCUAUUCCGUCCAAUGUAGCUUCAGUUUUUGUGUAGUGUGUAUAGAUAAGUCUUUUUUUCCUUAUUUAAUAUGAUAAAUUAUCAUCAGAAAGAAUAAUUUUAAUCCCAUUUAGAUAUAAUUCUUACUUUAGUUUGUAAAACAUUGAAAAAAGAAAAAAA